AUGACGAUGCUGAUGCGCUGGGUGUUUAUGGCGGCCGUGAUCUUCGGCCCAUGGAUGGCCAUCUUCACAAACCGAUACCAGUCGCCUUGGCUGGACCAGAACCGACAGAUGCUGCUGUUCUACCCCUUUGUCCUGAUCGCCGCGUUUGGGGUGUAUUCUAUUGUCGUGAUAGCCUGGCGGGUGUACAAUUUCAACGACUGCGAAGAGGCCGCCCUGGAGAUUCAAAAGGUGACCGACCCGGAGUUGUACCGACGCCGCGCUGACGCGCUCCUGCAGGAGAUCAGCCUGCCCUCGGAGGCGGCUCGUGCGGAGCUGUUUCGGCGCACGCGCCACGACCGGCAGGCGUGGUUCGAGGCGCGGCGCGGUCGCGUCACGGCCAGCGUCUUCAAGCGGAUCGCCGGCAUGCGCGCCAGCACGUCCUGUCGCAGCGUCGUCGAGACCCUGCUGUACGGCGCCGGCCGGGAGCUCGACACGCCGGCCCUGCGCUACGGCCGCCGGCACGAGGAGAAGGCUAUCAGCGCGUACGAGCGCGAGAUGGGCUGCACGGUUCAGCGGCCGGUGGGCCUGGUGGUGCACCCCCAGCACGGCUUCGUGGCCGCCACGCCUGAUGGUAUCAUCAGCAAUGAGCACAUUCUGGAGGUGAAGUGCCCGUACCGGGUCGCGGAUGCGCGGCUGGAGGCGCUGGUACAGGACGGCAAGGAUUUCUUCCUGGACGAGGAGAUGAAGCUGAAGAAGAAUCACGCGUACUUCGCUCAGGUGCAGUGCCAGCUGGCCUGCACGGGCGCCCGCAUGUGCGACUUCUUUGUGUGGACGCCCCGAGAAACGGUCUGCGAUCGGAUCACGUUCGAGCCGGAGUUCUGGAACUGGCGUUUGGAGCGCGUGCGCGAGUUCUACAUGCAGUGUGUGCUGCCCGAGCUGGUCGACCCGAGGAAGAUCCGUGGCCUGCCCUUCAGAGAGCGCACGUGCUUCACCGCUCUGCAGAAGUAG